AUGGGAAGGCCAAACGCGAGGCUUGGCGUGGGUGCGUUGGUGGCGGUCAAGGCCAAGAGCCUAAAGCCGGAAGCAUGGGUGCGCCCACUGCUUGGGGACAGCUAUGACACGGCCAUUGUCAACGACCUGGAGGUGAUUGGGCUGGAGGAAACCAUCAACCUCACGGGCAAGCGCAAGGCCAAGAACAAGAUGCGCUCCGAGCACGGCAUCGUCUUCAUCCCUUACGUUCGCAUGCGCUGGCGCUCGCACCCCGAAAUCGUCUCUGUGUACGCCGUGCCAGGCCAGAUCAAGGUGCUCCAGCUUGGCCCACCAGAGCACAUGUUCCUCUUCCAGCACAUGGUGACAGGGAGCGGUGGCUCGUCUCGGGCCCCAAACAUCUUCCACCACCUGGCCGUCUCAACCCCUUCCCCGCAGAGCCGUCUCCACAGCAUCUGCAGCAGCAAUGGGUGA